GCAGAGAUACUACUGAAAAAAGUCCUCCAGGGGUUAAGCCUUCGCCAUCCACUGCCUCCCUCUUAUCUGCAGUGCCCACACGAAUGCGGUACAGGUGGAUGAUCCCAGAACGCCUUUGCAAUUUCCCUUCCAUAAAAAGUGCAAUCGAGGCAGAGCAUGAGAUACUGCGAGAUACCAUCACCGACAGUGAAAAAUCUGUGGAGGCAGGGAAGCAAGAAAAAAGCAUUCGUCGAGGAAGGCUGGAGGACACGUCGCUGCACUCUCUCAUAUCUUCUGAAUCCUUGGGGGGUUGCCUGUCAGUAAGGCAUCCCACGGAGAAACAAGCAUAUAUCACGUCAACACGCGUAGGACCGUAUGAACCAGUUCCAAGGAUGCCCAAACAGCACACUGCCUCGUCAACUACUGUGCCAUCCACCCAACAACAUCCUGGAACUGUGUCCUUUCCAUAUACUUCAUGCCACCCAUGCCCGCGCGAGGCAUCACGGGUCAGGGUACAGGAUUUAAAAAGUCUUAUUCCCUCCUCUCCUCCACCCUCCUGUUAUGGAAUUAAACCAGCUAUCUCGCUCUCCACUUCUCAAUGUCAUGACGUUAGGGCGUACAAUCAGGAGAAAAGCCUGUCGAAUGCGGAGAGAGAAGAAACCUUUCCUUCGUUCCGAAAAACCGUGCAAGCAGAGUCGAUAUCUUCACCAGAUCACUUGAUAUUUGACUGCUUUUCACCUCACAGAGGCACAGCUGCUUAUUCUGGAGUUGCCGGUGAGCGGAUUUCUCGACAACGCCCAGCGCGGGAGCCUGUGCCUUUCAGUUCCCGAUAUGCAGAACCACGUCCAAUACGUAUUAGCCGUGAAGGUUACGCAUUCGGAAAAUCGUCGGCUACGCAGUCACACACUCAGUCGUGUCUCGGCAGCCUCAGCCAAUUGCCUCCAUCUCCUCCUCUCGAGCAGCCUUUACCGUGCAAGAUGUACUACCAUAAUAUCCGGGCAGUUGCAGUUCACUACAUUGUCGACGAAGCGGGUCGGGAGACGGAGAAACGCGGACAGGUUUCGACGGAACAAACGGACGACGAAAAUCCUCAAGUGGGCAGUGGUGAGGAAGUUAAAAGGAAAAAUAACGGAGAAAAACGUAUGACCGCUCAGUUUUCCAGGUUUGAGGAGGAAGGAAGGAAUCGUCAGGGGGGGGUCCAGGGUGUACGUCCACAGCGAUCGUCCACUAGUCGUGUGAGAUGCAGAGUUUUUAGUUGUAAAAGAUAUGGAAGACAACAGGCAGAGAUUCUAGCCAAAGAGUUCCUCGACAAAAUUUCGUCUACCGGACCUUCCACAAUGUCACCUGACGACUCUAAUAUCUCCCUCCCUGCGGCCACAGACACCACCGUCACAGAUAACAUUUCGCUCCCUUCUUCAACACCCUUUUCUGUUGCCUCGGAGAAACUCUUGUUGGAAAAAGAAGCGAGCGUUGCUUGAUACAUGCGAGAAAGACUCAUAUCGUGAUGUUGGGAACGUCACGGGACCCGCCAUGACAAAACGGUCUGGCAUGUUUAUUCGUUUUGUUCCCAACCAUUGAUGUCGUUUCAAGGAUGCUCCUGUGAAAGUUCUUGCAUCUAACCCACAACACCUCGGACGACAGCAGAUGCACUGACUACAGUUUUUGGGCCAAGAUCAAAAUGAGGGAGACAAGUACACCUGCCGAGCAUUCUACACAUAUUUGCCCUUAGUCCAAUUUCAUGUAUUGAAGGACAUUCUGCAACAUACUACCAGCAGUUAAAUGAAACCGAAUUCACCUUCACGCAUGCGUAUCUGUAUAUCUCAGUCAAGGUGCGGUGGAAAUCGAUACGUGUCAUUAAGAAGAUGGAAGAGCCCGACAAAGAAGGGCAUUAUUGAUGUAUUUGUGGACAUGCAGAUAAAGCGUGAAACGAGAGGGAGCUUGCCUCUAAGCAACCAUGUUUU